AUGAGGAGGAAGAUCGUGGAGUUCGCCUGCCACACGGCCUUCUUUGUCAGCAUCGUGGUGGUGCAGGGGCCGGCCCCGGCCACCCCCGGCCCCGCGCCGCUCAGUGCUCAGGAGCUGUCCCAGGAAAUCAAGGCUUUUCUGACUGGUGUCGACCCCAUUCUGGGCCACCAGCUCUCGGCCCGGGAACACGCUCGCUGUGGUCUCCUCCUCCUCCGCUCUUUGCCACCUGCUCGGGCUGCCGUGCUCGACCACUUGCGAGGCGUCUUUGAUGAAAGUGUCCGGGCCCACCUGGCUGCCCUGGACGAAAGCCCUAUGGCUGGCCCGCCUCAUCUCCGCCCGCCGGCACCCUCCCACGUCCCCGCUGGGGGACCCGGGCUGGAGGAUGUGGUACAGGAGGUCCAGCAAGUGCUGUCCGAGUUCAUCCGGGCCAACCCGAAGGCCUGGGCACCUGUGAUUAGCGCAUGGUCCAUUGACCUCAUGGGGCAGCUGAGCAGCACAUACUCGGGCCAACACCAGUGUGUGCCCCAUGCCACUGGCUCUCUCAACGAAUUGCUGCAGCUGUGGAUGGGCUGUCGGGCCACGCGCACGUUAAUGGACAUCUAUGUUCAGUGCCUCUCGGCUCUUAUCGGUAGUUGCCCAGAUGCCUGCGUGGACGCCUUGCUGGAUACCUCCGUCCAGCAUUCCCCGCACUUUGACUGGGUUGUGGCCCAUAUUGGCUCCUCUUUUCCUGGCACCAUCAUCUCCCGAGUUCUUUCCUGUGGCCUUAAGGACUUCUGUGUUCAUGGCGGGGCUGGAGGUGGAGCUGGUGGCACUGGUGGAAGCUCUUCUCAAAUCUCUACAGACCCCUUCCCCGGAUCUCCUGCUAUCCCUGGGGAGAAGCGGGUACCUAAGAUUGCCUCAGUUGUGGGCAUCCUAGGGCACCUGGCCUCCCGUCAUGGAGACAGCAUCCGACGGGAGCUCCUGCGAAUGUUCCAUGAUAGCCUGGCAGGGGGCAUUGGGGGCCGGAGUGGGGACCCCUCCCUUCAGGCCACAGUUCCCUUCCUUCUGCAGCUGGCAGUCAUGUCACCAGCUUUGCUGGGCACAGUCUCCGGAGAGCUGGUGGAUUGCCUUAAGCCCCCAGCUGUGCUGAGUCAGCUUCAGCAACACCUGCAGGGAUUCCCCCGAGAGGAGCUGGACAACAUGCUCAACCUGGCUGUGCACCUGGUGAGCCAGGCCUCCGGGGCAGGUGCCUACCGCCUGCUGCAGUUCCUGGUGGACACAGCCAUGCCCGCCUCGGUCAUCACUACCCAGGGCCUGGCUGUGCCAGAUACUGUGCGCGAGGCUUGUGACCGGCUGAUUCAGCUGCUGCUGCUACAUCUGCAAAAACUGGUUCAUCACCGGGGAGGGCCUCCUGGGGAAGGGGUGCUGGGCCCACCCCCACCCCCCCGCCCCGUGCCCUUUCUAGAUGCGCUAAGAAACCAUGUUGGAGAGCUGUGUGGAGAGACAUUACGAUUGGAACGGAAGCGCUUCCUCUGGCAACACCAGCUCCUGGGCCUGCUCUCGGUCUACACUCGGCCUAGCUGUGGACCUGAGGCCUUGGGCCAUCUCCUGAGCCGGGCCCGAAGCCCUGAAGAGUUGAGUUUGGCCACCCAGCUAUAUGCAGGGCUGGUGGUCAGUCUCUCGGGCCUCCUGCCGCUGGCCUUCCGAAGUUGCUUGGCUCGGGUGCACGCAGGGACUUUGCAGCCCCCCUUCACGGCGCGGUUCCUGCGCAACUUGGCACUGCUCGUGGGGUGGGAACAGCAGGGUGGCGAGGGCCCUGCAGCCCUAGGAGCCCGGUUUGGGGAGUCUGCCUCAGCCCAUCUAUCUGACCUGGCUCCUCUCCUGCUACAUCCUGAGGAGGAAGUAGCGGAAGCUGCUGCCUCCCUCCUAGCCAUUUGUCCCUUUCCUGCAGGAGCCCUGUCCCCUUCCCAACUCCUGGGACUGGUGAGAGCUGGGGUGCAUCGUUUCUUUGCCUCUCUGAGGCUGCAUGGCCCCCCGGGUGUGGCUUCCGCCUCCAGACUUCUGACCCGCCUCUCGCAGACCUCCCCCGCAGGGCUCAAGGCUGUCUUGCAGCUGCUAGUGGAAGGAGCCUUACAUCGGGGCAACACAGAACUGUUUGGCGGGGAAGUGGAUGAGGACAGCGAGACUGUUUCCGUUGUCUCUGCUUCUUUGGCUUCUGCCUCCCUGUUGGACACGAACCGGCGGCACACGGCCGCUGUGCCAGGUCCUGGGGGGAUUUGGUCUGUUUUCCAUGCUGGAGUCAUCGGUCGUGGCCUGAAGCCACCGAAGUUUGCCCAGUCACGAAAUCAUCAGGAAGUGAUCUAUAACACCCAGAGCCUUCUUAGCCUCCUGGUACACUGUUGCAGUGCCCCUGGGGGCAGUGAGUGUGGGGGCGGCUGGGGGGCUCCCACCCUGAGCCCGGAGGCUGCCAAAGCUGUGGCAGUGACCUUGGUGGAGAGUGUGUGUCCUGAUGCAGCUGGUGCUGAGCUAGCCUGGCCUCCCGAGGAGCACGCCCGGGCCACCGUGGAGCGGGAUCUCCGCAUUGGCCGGCGCUUCCGGGAACAGCCCCUACUCUUUGAGCUAUUGAAGCUGGUAGCAGCUGCUCCUCCAGCCCUGUGCUACUGCUCCGUGCUCCUGCGGGGGCUGCUGGCCGCCCUCUUGGGCCACUGGGAAGCCUCUCGCCACCCUGAUACAGCCCACUCCCCCUGGCACCUGGAGGCAUCCUGCACCCUGGUGGCUGUCAUGGCCGAGGGGAGCCUCUUGCCACCUGCCCUGGGUAAUAUGCAUGAGGUAUUUAGCCAGCUGGCCCCUUUCGAAGUGCGUCUGCUACUGCUCAGUGUCUGGGGCUUCCUCCGGGAGCAUGGGCCCUUGCCCCAGAAGUUUAUCUUUCAGUCAGAGCGCGGACGCUUCAUCCGGGACUUCUCCAGGGAGGGUGGGGGUGAGGGUGGACCCCAUCUGGCUGUGCUGCAUAGUGUCCUCCACCGCAACAUUGACCGCCUGGGCCUUUUCUCUGGCCGUUUCCAGGCAGCUUCACCGUCCACUCUGCUCCGGCAGGGGACAUAGCCUCUUCCUCGCUCUAGUCUAGACGCUGAGGAUUGAGCAGUGAGACGGGGCUAAGGUGCUGCAGGAAGAUGGAGGUUUCUCUCCUGAGACCUUAGCGUAAAGAGCGCUGUCACUUUUUCCCUCUACCUUUUUUUUCUAAAUAAAAUUUGCCGAUUUGAGAAAAACA